CGCUGGCCGGGGCCGGCAGGAGCCCGCCGUGAAGACAGAUGGGGUGAGAGAGAGUCAGCUCCAGCUGUCAGCGCGGCUUCAGCCCUGCCCCCGCCCGCGCCCCUCCUCCGCCGCGCGUCUCCCCCCCGGCCUCAGGCAAACCAUGGCGUCCAGCGAGGAGGACGGGGCCGGCAGCGGCUCGCUGGAGGAGAAGGAGAAGGGCAGGAAGAGGCGCCUGGGCGCGUUGGCCACAGCUUGGCUCAUCGGCUACAACAUCGCCAUGACCGCCGGGUGGCUGGUAUUGGCUAUUGCCAUGGCACGGUUUUACAUGCAGAAAGGAACAUACAAAGGCUUAUACAAAACUAUUCAAAAGACACUUAAAUUUUUCCAGACAUUUGCUGUGCUUGAGGUAGUCCACUGUGCAGUUGGAAUAGUUCGCACCUCUGUGCUUGUGACUGGGGUCCAAGUGAGUUCAAGAAUCUUCAUGGUGUGGUUUAUAACACACAGUAUAAAACAGAUCCAGAAUGAGGAGAGCGUUAUUCUUUUUCUGGUCGUUUGGACUGUGACAGAGAUUACACGAUAUUCCUUCUACACAUUCAACCUGCUCAACCAUUUGCCAUACUUCAUUAAAUGGGCCAGAUACAACUUUUUUAUCAUCUUGUAUCCUGUUGGAGUUGCUGGUGAACUUCUAACUAUUCAUGCUGCAUUACCUUAUGUGAAGAAGACAGGCAUCUUUUCAUUGAGACUUCCCAACAAGUAUAAUGUCUCUUUUGACUACUACUACUUCCUUAUUAUUGUCAUGGCCUCAUAUAUACCAUUGUUUCCACAACUCUACUUUCAUAUGCUGUGGCAGAGAAGAAAGGUACUUCAUGGAGAAGUGAUUGUAGAAAAGGACGAUUAACCCAACUCUUGUAACCACGGUGCUGUUUACAGAAUAAUAAGAAAUGGAAACAGAACAUUUCAUGUGAUCCUUUUGAGUCCAAGUUUUAAAUCAUGGAACAAGAAUAAAUGGCUGUGCAUGAAAUAACAUGGAUUGUAUUGUUUUGUAAAUUCAGUAUGUCUUCAGACUUUGCUUUACUUUUGAUUCUUUUAUUUCAUUGGUUGGUUGUUUCCUCAGACAAACUAUUUUCUUCCCUUUUUUUUUAAAUAUAGACAAAUUGAGGGAGGAGAUAGAAAGCAAUUUGGCAAGCUAUUCUAUUACAGAACUUCUUGUGGUCAUUACGGAAAAAAAAACAGUUGAUGAACAUUAUUGGAAGUAUUCUGAAAAAUAGAUCAUUCAAAAUUAGGUAAUUUAUUUUUUUCAUAGGACAGGUGGCUUAAAUUGUGUCCUUUCUUAUUAUUUUGAAAACACUAAUCUUUGUCAAUGUUCAGAACUGAGAGUUGAGUGUCUCUUGAACCUUAUGAGAACACGCCAUUAAAAGUAGUCAGUCCAGACUAAAGCUAGGGUUAUAAUUACUUAGGGUCUGACUCAGCUGCCCUUACAUUAAGUAGUAUCUUCCUUCACAAUUAUCCUUUUGAAACUUCUAGAAUCAAGUUCAGCAUCAGUAAGCGUAGUAAAAUUGGACCCUUCAUUAGGCCUGAGACUUGGCAUGGGAGAAGUGGUCCAUGCUAGCAGGUUCAGGUGCAGGAUCAAGGCCUGGGAGUGCUGCAACCUUUUACUUGCAGGAUCACAUCUUAGCAUAAUAGAAUAAGCUUUUAAAAGAGCUGAACUCUAGAUUCUCUGUGCAGAUUUAGAGUAGUGUACUUAAGUUUGCUACUACUUGAUGCCCAGCUAUAGCUGAUGAGGUGGCCCAGGUUUAUUUUGUCCUGGUGAAUUGAUUACCAGUUUAUUCUGUAUUCUAGAGUUAGGGAAAAUGGGGGGGGGGGGGGGGUUGAGAAGUAAAUAUGGAAGUACAUGUGGAAACUGCAGCUACGGGAAAGUAUUUUAUUUCUUACAAUUAAUCAAAUGGGAUAAAAAUGGAAGGUUUAAAAAUACUUUAAAAUACUGUCUUGACAUGUAAAUUGUAUUUUGAAUCAGCCCGUUAUGCACUUUUAAUUGCUCCUUCUGUUAAUUGUUCCAUCUUCUUUAUAAUGUAAUCAAGGAACAGUUUUGGAUCUGGUCCUAUUUAACAUCUUUAAUAAUCUAGAAGAGGAACAUGUUAAUGAAAAUCACAGAUAAUGCUAAACUGAAGAUGUUAUAAACACCAGCAUGGAGAGAGGAGUUAUAUAAUGGAUCUUACAGAGGUUAGAAAUCUGGGCAGGAAUUUAAAGCCAUAAAGUUGGAAGAGACCUGAAGUGAGAGUGGACCACAGAUUAAAUGUCAUUUGCAAUAUGAUGUGGCAGUGAAAAAGAUCAGUGCAAUUUUGGGUUGCAUAUGCUGAAGUGUCAUGUCGUGGAGCAGGGAGAUGUGAUUGUCCCUCUUCAGGGACUUUGCUGAGUCCACAUCUGGAAUACCAUAUUAAGUUCUGGGUACCUCAAAAGCAGUAAGCUUUAGGCAAACUGUAGAAAGUUCAGAAAACAGCAACAAAAAUAAUGAAUGGACAUGAGUAAGAGGUAGGAAAGAUUGACUUAAAAGCAUUAAAUAUGUACAGCUUGGUUACGGGGAAAAUAUUUGAGAAGGAAAAGGAAUUAUUAACAUGGUACUAGGAGUUGAAACUAGGAGUCAGGGGAAAUUAAGAAAUGGAAAAUAUAAAAUGAAUACUAGGAAAAAGAUCCUGACCAUGAGAUUUAUUAAGUUACUGAAUAAUAUUCCAAGGCCCGUGCUGGCAGCUCCUUUUCUUGGGAAACGUAAAGCCCAACUUGUUGGAAUACUAGAAAACAUAUUGUAGGAAACAAUCUUGCUUUGACAGCGGAUGGGGCUAGAUAACCUAAAAGGUGGUUUCCGUUUCUAACUUCUAUGAUUAUAUACUGUAACUAUUAAAAAGAGUUGGAAAUGUGUUUCCUGAUGUGACUAACAAGUCUUUUUUUAUAUCCUUAAGAUGCAAUUUUAUGUCUUAGCCUUCCCAUAUUUACACAUCUCAACAUUACAUGUAAACUAACUUCCUUUUCAAUUAUUGGUGUAUAGAGGGCUUGAGAUGGAAUAAUAGUUUUUCUGACAAUUUGAAAACUGAAUAUUCUUGGUUUGUUUUAAAACAGUGUAUUGAUCCAAGGUGCUAUGUUAACUUAUUAAAAUACAUUUUUAUGCAGCUGAAAUGAUUUAAUGUAUUAAAAUAUAUAUAACAUAUUUACAGUCUUGAGUCACAUAAUGUUUAUACAUGCUACCUGUUUAGACUAAAAGUUUUAUUUGUUAAAUGUGUUUUGCAUAAAAAGUGCUUCAAAUACGAAUUGUUCUGAUAAAUUUAACUCAGCUUGCACUCUGUUCCAUAUAAAACACCCAGGCAGCUUCUGAGCACGUAUUUCUCAAUGAGCAGGCAGAAGGAUCUCAUGGAAUUUGAAUUAAUUAAUAAGGUCAGGUUGUGUUCAAUGGUAAAAUUUAGUAUCCUUUUAAUGGGGUUUGAGCUUACUUAAGACUAUGACUAUUGAUCUAUUUGAAAUUAAGUGAAUAUUCCAAGGGCCUGAUCCUGCAACUCUUACUCAAAUGAGUUUGUCCUUUGAUUACAAUUUGAAGGGCUGAUCUCCAGUGCAGUAUUAUUCAUCCAGGGGAGGAGCGGGGUUGUAUGUGUGUGGGUUGAACAUAUUGUCAUACAAGAUGCAAAUUGAUAUUCUUUUAUACAUGCAAAAUGACUUAAUACAAUACCAUUCAUUACCAUUCAGAUUUUUGGCUUGCACAAAGCAGCAAUGUACUAGUCCUGAAUAAGUAAUACAUGAACAAGAAAAAACGUAAAGGUGGUUUACAAUUGCAGUUGAAUCUUGUUAAACUGACAUCAAUAAACUGCAGCCUCAAGCUGAAAAUAACUCUUCGGGUCUGUGUUACUGAAGGCCAGACCAGUGAGAUUUUGGUGUGGACUAAGGCAGGCAAGGACAAGCUCCUUGUGAAAAUUAUAUUGCAUUUUUUUUCUCUCUCUUUUUUUUAAAUCUUUCACUGAAUUUUUGACUCAGCUCUAAUUAAUAUAUUUUAAAUUGAUGUCUUCUGUUAGCAAGUAAGAACUGUGAGUGAAGUCCUCGCCCCACUGAAGUCAAAGAUUGAAAGCCCCAUUGACUUCAGUCAGGCCAGUAUUUCAGUCUGUGUGUUUUACUUAAACAUUAGCAUAGCAUCAUAUUUAUAACAUAAUGAAAUAGUGAACUAACUUAUUCCAUGCUAUAUACAAUUGGCAUUAAAAACAAGCGUGAAUUUUUUAUGGUGCAUUCUGUUUCCAAUCUGAAUUUGGCACAUUUGUCCAUCUUUGUAAUCUUCACUGCAGUAGUCAAAAAUGUUUUAAAUUACUGAGAACCUCUUUAUUGUGAUAGCUUAGGAAUAUAUCCCAGCAUUAAAGUCUUUGACAUUUUCAU